CUCGUCACCGAAAGACUGGCGGGGAAGAGGAUAUUAUUCCCCUUAGUUGUGGUGGUCGGUCAGCUGGUGCUGGUGAAAGGUCAAUAGGGGUUUCGUUCCUAAAGGGCAAUCUUCGCAGUUCUCGUUGAAAAGGAUUCGUCAGUCUCUUCUAAUGGAAGAAGUUGAAGAUGUCCCUGUCAUCGAUCUGGAUCAAGAAGACAGUAGUAGUGGAGAUGCAAAGAGGCAUUCUAUCGGCAAAAAUCAUAAGCAAGCCUGCUUCCCCCUGAAGAUGGUAAAUGGAAAGGCUACAAAGGCCCAAGGUUCUGCCUCCAAGAGAAAAAUAUUGGAGAAUGAAAGGGAGAAGUCUGCUAAUGAUAAGCCGAAAAAACGCUUGAAGCUCAAGAUUGAGGCAAGCCUGAAGCGCUUUGCUCAUACAGAUGAGAACCAAGUCAGUACAGAUUCAAAGCCAGCCUCAAGUGUGAAUGGUGCCAAGGCCACAUCAUCCAAGUCUUUCAUGGAAAGCUUCCUUAAACAUGUCAAUGAGAAAGAGGUAUUGCCAUCUGAAGUCAUGGUUGUAGAUAAUGAGGAUAAUAAAAAUGAGAGAGAGAAAAAGAUCUCAUCUGAGAAGGAAGCUAUUGUGGAUGAGUCCUCUCCAGUCCAAUGUACUCCUGACCUGAAGUCUGAGUUGUCCCCUUCUAAUGAUCUUGAGUCACCUUCCUCAAGAGUUCACGAAGGUGAUGAUCGUCUAAGCAGCCCUGACUCCUCAUCUUAUGAUUGCAGUGACUCACUGAAUGACUCAGUAGUUUCUGCCCCCCCUGAUACACCUAGUGAGAAGGAAGUUCAUGGAACUCCUUCUGCACGGUCAAGAUCAGAGUCUCUGAAGUCUUCAACUAGAAAAGCUAAAGGAUCUCUAGAAGAGACCCCUAAAUCUGUUGCUAAGGAUUCUGUGACUCCUCAGGAUUGUAGUGAAGGGAAGAAUACACCUCAGGGAUCCUCAAGAAAGAAGUUGACACCCAAGCAGCUGAGCAAGAAGAUAGAGUCGGAGAAGAAACGUAAAGAGAAGCUGAGAGCAAAGCAGGAAAUGGAGGAAAAGAAGGCAGAGGAGAAGGCCGAGAAAGAAAGGCUGAGAAAAGAGAAACUUGAGCAGAAGGAGUUUCAGAGGAGAGAAAAAGAGCGUGAAAAGGAAGAGAAAAAAUUGCAACGAGAAGCUGAAAUAAGGAAAAAAGAGGAAGAGAAGAAGCAAAAGGAGGAAGAGCGGCGUCAGAAGGAAGAAGAGAGACGUCAGAAGGAGGAAGAGAAGCGGAUGAAGGAAGAAGAAAAGAAAAAGCAGGACGAAGAGAAGAAGAAGAUGGAGGAAGAGAAGAAAAAUAAGAUAAAAAAGGCUCAAGCAGCAUUUGCAUCAUUCUUUGUCAAGAGGGGUCCAUCAGAAACUGUGAUGGAAGUAUCAGACUCUGACAAUGUGGAAGGAAAUUUCAGGGGAUUCCAGGUGAAGGAGGACAUGAGAUUAGCACCUGUUCAUCGAAAUGAAUUGAGUCAGAGACAAAAAAGUUCCUUGGAUGCACAGAUGACUCAACAAUCUGGGAAGGAUCUGUACCUGAAACAAUUGAAAAGUGGCCACGUCACACCUGGCACUAGUGGGCCGACCUGGCUCCUUGAUCCAGAUGAAGAUGUUGUCAUACUUGAGGAAGAUAAGGAGAAUUUCAUCAUCACUCACCGGAGUGAUGGGAAGAGACUGAAAGCAAAGCUUUUCCAGUUUGAGGAGAACAACCGCCCACCAUACUGGGGAACAUGGCAAAAGACAUCCACUGCCAUCACUGGUCGCCGACCCUUCUACCAGGACAAGGCAUUUCUGGAUUAUGAAGUUGAUUCAGAUGAUGAAUGGGAAGAAGGUGUGGAAGCAGGCGAGAGUCUUUCUGGUUCCGAUGAUGAAGAAAGUGAAGAUGACUAUGAGAUUGACAAUGACUUCUUUGUGCCUCAUGGGUAUCUCAGCGAUGAAGAAGGCGAGAAGGAUGAAGAUGACAAACCUGUGGAUCCAGAGCUACAAAAAGCAAAGCUGAAACUAAAAGCAGCAGAAUUUGAAGCAAAAAUCAAGCAAAAGACAGAAAAGCUUCACCCUCGCCUGAUAGGUUGCUGUUUUGAUCAUCAAACCAAUUCUGUCCAUGAGCAUAUGCGUGAGAUCCUGAGUGCAUUCAAGGCAGUGUUCUUGAGUGAGAGGCCAAUCUCAGUUGCUGCCCCACCCAAACCUCUAACACCAGACGUUUCCAUAACUCCAGAUAAAGGAAAACGCAAGGCGCUAUCAUCAGUUGAAAAGAAUUUUCCUGAAGCUGCUGUGAGCCUUCUGAUCAAGUUGGUGCAUGAAAAUCCUCGGAAGGGGUCAGCAUUAAUCAGGGAAUUUCAACAGUACUGGGUGGAACGAGGGCGAUCUGAGAUUCAGGAACACCUCUCGACCCUCCCUCAGGAAGAGCAGUAUCGUCUACCAAAUCGUUUGUCCAAGAGAAAGAUCUACCAGAAGUUCAAAGAGUGUGCCAUGCGGUGUCGGCCCAAGGAAAGUGGACCCUUUGCUUGGCAUGUCCCAAAAGCAAUCAGAGAGAAAUAUGGACUUGGGGAUGCAGCCCAAGAGUGGGAUUAUGUGACUGAUGCAGCCCAUGCAUUCCCUUCCAGCAACAACCAGACAAACAGAACUCAAUCCUCAUCUAAACCAUCCACACCUUCUAUUAAAAAAUUCACAUGCCCCGUGGAAGCUAAUCCAGCCAUGCCUCCAGCUUCAACCGAGAAGAAGCAGAAGAUGGGCAUCAAGAAAUUCCUCACUGGGAAGAAGCCCCAGAAAUCGCUGGAUUUCAAAGAAUCCAACUCUGCAAUGGAAGUUGAAUGCAUUAUGUUGGACUGAGGGUUCAUCCCAACUAGGGUCCUCUGCAUACAACUUUCUUCCUUGUGUAUAUGAUGUGUGACGGUGUGAUUAUGCGAUCACGAUAGCCUUCUAAAGGUUCGACCUUAGCCUUUGAUGUUUUUAUGAUGCACAUUGUGUUCCUGCCUCCCUUUCAAAGUAAUACAACGAGUUAGAGUUCUCUAAUAAUCCUGUCUUCCUUCCACAGAUUUCAAAUGCCUUUUUGUUCUCUAUCUUCAGCCAAUAGAAGUCCUUUUCUGCUUGCAUACCUGAGAAUGCCCCUAGGUUCCAUCAGAACUGCUCAGGCUCGUGCCAACACUAGUGGACAGCCUCCAUCUGUUCAUGUUCUCUUUCUAUUACAAACCAAAAUCCCCUGAUGCAUUCUUGAUGAUCCCUUAUAUCAAAGAAAUGAAUUUCAUUGUGGCCUAUUGCA